AUGGUGUUGAUCGACGUGGAGGAGCGAGAAUCGUACGGGACUUUUUCAGACGAUGACAUAGCUGGACUGAGGAGCGAGGCGUCUCAAAGAGAGAUCGCGCGCUCCAACCCCCGCUUCAUCGAAGAGCACGAGAAACCUUUUCACUUGCCAUGGUUCACCAAGAUUAUGAUCGGCAUCGCCGUGCUGGGAUUCAUGUGCAUCGGAACUCUCCUCCUCACCGCAUUCUUCUCCGGCAAGUUGGGCAUGAUGUCUGUGACGCGAGGAGAUCUAGCGAAGUUGGCGACCAUCUCUGGUGUGCCAGGAGUGCGCAAGUCGAAGCUGCUCAAGGCGGCUCUGAGCGAAGGGAAGUACUGUGAAGAGCAUCCUCACUCCAAGGAGUGCCAGGAGCUGAAUACGAGCGUGUACGGGACGAGGAUCCCCAAGGGAAGGAUCAAGAAGACUGUGUUCAAGGGGCUCAUCGACUACAACAAGAUCAAGAAGAUCCCCAGCAUUGCUGGUGACUCUCUUGCAAGAUAAGAAAGAGAACUUGACAUCUUGCCCGUGGGGGUUGUGCGGUUCAUGUGGAGAUGGUGACGAAAGCUAUACACGCGUUUUGAAACAUUUUUGGACCUCAUUUGGACGUGUGAAUUACUAGUUUGAUCCUAACCUUAAAGUGCAUCGUAAAACUUCCUCCUCCUCCCC